AUGACAAAGAAUAGACUUUUAAUAGAGUCUCGAGAAGCUAAAAAACAAGCUGAUCCAGACAUUAUCCUUACUCACAGCGAACAUAAUUUACAUGAGUGGCAAGCUAUUAUAAAAGGUCCACGUGAUUCUCCAUACGAAGGAGGAAAAUGGAAAUUAAAUAUAAAAUGUAAGAGCACAUAUCCAAUAGAUCCACCUUUAAUAACAUUUGAGACUAAAUUUUUUCAUCCAAACGUAAAUUUUGCAACAGGAGAAUUAUGUAUGGAUAUAUUAAAAGCUAACUGGAGUCCAGCUUGGACUAUUCAAUCCUUAUGUCGAGCGAUUCUUUUUCUUUUUACGGAACCAAAUGCUGAAAGCCCAUUAAAUUGUGAUGCAGGUAACUUGAUCAGAUCAGGAGACAUUAAGGGAUUUCAAUCAAUGGCAAAAAUGUAUACAGUUGAAUAUGCUAUUCAAAAUGACUGA